AUGCCAGAGACCUUGCAGAGUCUGGCCUCGAAAGCUGCCUCUUUAACUCUACGGGAAGGAGUCGUGUCGCGCAAGUUACUUAACCUCUCUGAGCCUGUUCCCUCCUGCGUGGGCCAGGACUACAAGAUCCCCGCCUCCCAGGAGGAUCUGGAGAACAAAACAGGAGCAAACUUGGUGGACCUCCAGAAGAAGCUAGCAGAGCUUGAACUCGACGAGCAGCAGAAGAAGCGUCUGGAAGCCUUCCUCACCCAGAAGGCCAAGGUCGGAGAGCUCAAGGACGAUGACUUCGAAAGGAUCUCGGAACUGGGGGCCGGGAACGGCGGGGUGGUCACCAAGGUCCAACACAGACCCUCUGGCCUCAUCAUGGCGAGAAAGCUGAUCCACCUGGAGAUCAAGCCGGCCAUCCGGAACCAGAUCAUCCGCGAGCUGCAGGUGCUGCACGAGUGUAACUCCCCGUACAUCGUGGGCUUCUACGGGGCCUUCUACAGCGACGGCGAGAUCAGCAUCUGCAUGGAGCACAUGGACGGCGGCUCUCUGGACCAGGUGUUGAAGGAAGCCAAGAGAAUUCCCGAGGAGAUCCUGGGGAAGGUCAGCAUCGCGGUUCUCCGGGGUUUGGCGUAUCUCCGGGAAAAGCACCAGAUCAUGCACCGAGACGUGAAGCCGUCCAACAUCCUCGUCAACUCCCGAGGGGAGAUCAAGCUGUGCGAUUUUGGGGUGAGCGGGCAGCUCAUCGACUCCAUGGCCAACUCCUUCGUGGGAACUCGGUCCUACAUGUCUCCAGAGCGGUUGCAGGGCACUCACUACUCGGUGCAGUCGGACAUCUGGAGCAUGGGCCUGUCCCUGGUGGAGCUGUCCAUCGGAAGGUACCCCAUCCCCCCGCCGGAUGCCAAGGAGCUAGAGGCCAUAUUUGGCCGGCCCAUGGUUGACGGAGCAGAAGGAGAGCCUCACAGCAUCUCACCACGGCCGAGACCCCCUGGACGCCCCAUCAGCGGCCACGGGACGGACAGCCGGCCGGCCAUGGCCAUCUUCGAGCUGCUGGACUACAUUGUGAAUGAGCCACCUCCCAAGCUGCCCAGCGGUGUCUUCACCCAGGACUUCCAGGAGUUUGUAAAUAAAUGCCUCAUUAAGAACCCAGCGGAGCGAGCCGACCUGAAGACGCUCACGAACCACACCUUCAUCAAGCGGUCCGAGGUAGAAGAAGUGGACUUCGCCGGCUGGUUGUGUAAAACGCUGCGGCUGAACCAGCCCAGCACGCCCACACGCACCGCCGUGUGACGGGGUCCCCCCGGCGCC